AAUCAGCACUGAUCUCGGGCUUCAUACCUCGGUGGAGCUGAAGGAGAUUCCAACAUGGCCAAAGCCAGAGUGGCUCACUCGACAUGGAUUCAACUUGGACCUUCAGAAGCCAUUUCAGCAGAAACAAUAAUGACGUUUGCUUCAGGCGAAGGUCGUCUGCCUGCUUCUUCCAGUGCUCUUCCUCCUUUCCAUCCUUCAACGGAAACGCAUCCCGCAAUUGCUUGGCCGCUUCUGUUGAUAUUCCAAUAUAUGUAAAGCAUCACGGACCAAGGAAAGGCGCAUACGCGUACCUUGCGCGGUGCGCACGUCUGGGGGCCAUGGGAGAAGUGCCUACCGAACACGCGUCAUUCUUACUCUCAGGUAAUGUUAGCAGCCUACUAUAGCAAUUCUAAGUCGGUCGAGUUGAUCUGGUGAAAAUUGCAUUUUGAAGCUCUAUGUAUAGUUCGGGAAAUGUGCAAUCAGUUCCGGACAGAUCGAUGUUGGGCGGUAGGGAAAUUGCAGGGACGCGUGUCGGUGAUAAGGCG